AUGGUUUGGUUGGUGAAUGGGGGGACCUGCGACUUCUGGUAUGAUAAUUGGCUUGGCAAUGAAGCCCUAUUUUUGAAGGCCCCGGUGGACCUAAUAGUCACCUUCAGGGAUUUCAUCACAAAUGGGGAAUGGGAUGUUCAGUCACUUGGUCAGUACCUCCUGAAGGAGCUCACCCGCCAGAUAGUGCAACAUCCAGUCCCGAUGGGAGAUGGGCAUGAUGAGAUGUUUUGGAGUUUGACGGCUUUCGCGUCUGCAUUCAAGAAUGUCUGUCAGGCUCACGGUGUUUCAGUGAUCCACUCUCAGGUUUGGCAUCCUCAUAUCCCGUUGAAGAUUUCAUUCUUCAUGCUGCGGUUGCUCGUCGAAAAACUGCCUUUAACUAAUGCCUUGUGGAAGGGAGGCAUACAAUUGGCCUCUAAGUGUUUGUGCUGCCUCGAUGGGGCGACGAAGCUGCUGAAGCAUGUUUUCUCGGAGGGACAGAUGUCAUCUCCCUGGUCGAAGAAACGACGGGUUCUGUUCACUAUUCUGUCCAGUUUCAUCUGCUGGCACAUCUGGAAGGCUCAGAAUAAAGCGCACUAUGAAGGGACUCGAAUGUGUGUGGCAAGAGUUUGCCGUGACGUCUUCACGGAUGUGAAGGAUGUGGUGGAGGCUCAGUUUGGCUGGCGGCUGGGGUUGCACACGUUGCCUCGGUUAUAUGAGUGGUCUCGGGAUCUGUUGCCUCGAUAUAGGUUUCAGGUAGUGGGAUGGAAGGCGAAGGCAGCUGGACUGCUAAUGCUGAAUACAGAUGGGUGUUCCAAAGGUAACCCAGGAGUGAGUGGUGAUGGGGGAGUACUUCGGGAUGCAGCAGGGGUUCUUUAUUUUGCCUUCUCGGCUUACUUUGAGGAAGCAUCGAGUCUGCGAGCUAAAGCUUUGGCGCUGGUGAUGGGGCUAUGCUUGGACUGGCAGAAGAGGUUUACCAACAUCAACAUACAGGUCAACUCUCUGGUCCUGGUUAGGAUCCUUCAGCGACGUCUUCUGUGCCCGUGGAUGAUACGAAGGGAGGUGGAUGAGAUCUAG